GAGAAGGGAGGUUCAGCGUCGCGUCGCCUCCUCCACGCCCUGACAGCACUAUGGUCACCUGCGUGUGUGUGCGAACCAGGUGACCUAACAUUGAUUGAAGGUGUGUGCGUGCGUGUGUGUGUUUGUACCGGACAGGUGAAGACACGUGACCUGAGCAAUGACGAAGAUGUGCUCCGCGGCGAUGGUGGCGGUGGUGCUAACGGUGGUGGGUGUGGGGGGGGCACAGGACCCCGCCCCACACUCCCCCACACCCGGAACCAUCACACGUGGAACGCUUGUGGCAGCGAACGUGAUACAGCAAAACAGAAGGUCCAACAACUCUCCCGUCGCCUCCCCGCCAGCCAGCGACAACCGGGAGCUGCGGCGACAACUCCAACAACAACUCCUCCCACAACUCCGCCAGCUGCCCCCCGCCGCCCCGCCCACGUCACCCCACCCCGACAUAAGCGUCAUCCCCCUACAGACGGACUCCAAGGAGGUGUUACUGAGCGAGAGAUUUCCUCCAUACACGGACGUCUUUCCUCCAUUCCCUCCAACUUCAGGACGCGCCUUCUCCUCCCGCCCUCCCUCCACCAUCCCUCCUCCUCCUCCUCCUCCUCCUCCUCCUACUCCUUCUUCGUCCCCUCCUUCUUCGUCUCCUCCUCCUCGUCCUUCUUUCAUAAAUGCAAUAACUCCUCUUCCUCCUCUUUCUCCCUCCGUUCCUCACUCCUCCUCCGGUCCCUCUCCUCCUCCUCCCUCCUCCCCUUUCUUUCCUUUACCUCCAGCACCUCCAGGUUUGUCUCCUCCUCCUCCUUCCUUCCGUCCUAUUCCAUCUCGUUCACCCUCCUCCUCCUCCUCCCCUUCUUCUUCUUCCUCUCGUCCAGCGUUCAGCCCAAGUAGAGAAGUGAGAGGUAGCCCAGUAGCCCCCAUCCAUAUCAUCCCUCCUCCCUCCAUAUCGCCAACGCCCCCUUCCUUCCCUCCUCCUCCUCCUUUCCCUUCUUCGCCUCCUCCUUCUCCUCCUGUUUCUCCCUCCACUUCAUCUCCUUCUCGUCUCCCUCCCUCAUUCUUCAACUCCUUCUCCUUUCCACUCUUCACGGCAGACCCCCAGAAUAGCCUCACAGACAUCAACAGACCCCAAAGACAGGACCCCAAUGCACUGGUCCAGCCACAGACAGACCAGCACAGACCGCAGAGCUUCCCCAUCCAGCCCACAGCCCCCAACAGACAGAAUUUUCAAACACCACUAACGGUUCAACCUCACAUACAGAAUUUCAUCCCCAACAGACCACAGAAACGCCCACCACAGACCAUCAUACAGCCGCUAAGACCAAUAAAUGUACUGAACCAGCCUCACAGACCACAGGCACUUCCUCAACAGCCCCCAAACACCCAAAAUAGACCCAACUUCCUCAACAGACCCCAGUUUAACAGACCACAAGGAAGACCCCAAGGAGACCCAAAUAGACCCCAGGGGCUAAGACCACAGCCUCUGCCAGCCCCAAACACCUCCCGGUUCCCUAGACAACAGACCCUACAGCUCUUCAGACCCCAGCGUCAGCCCCAGCCUCUCCCAGUACCCAGACCACAAAAUAGCCCAAAUCGACCGCAAACUAGCCCAAACGGUCCUAUAAGUAGUCCAAACAGAUCGAGGUUCCAGCCCAUUUUCCACCGGCCCCCCCCCGCCCCUCCUUCUCCAUCCAGACCUCUCAGCGCUCAUAGAAGAGACCCAAGAUUUGUCUGGGCGGACCCUCGUAGCAUCAGACCACCCGGCCCCCCGCCCCCCCCACGCCCACCCCAUGCCCGCCCCCCGCCCACAGGUGACUUCCCCCCCACCAGGCGGAGCAGGGACCUCUCACACCCACUGGAGGAGGAGGAGGAGGAGGAGGAGGAGGAGGGGUUAGAAGAUAGUAUUAGAGAAGGGAAGAUAAAGGAGGAUGAAGAGAAGGAGGAGGAGAAGGAAGAGGAGGAAGGCGUAGGAGGAAGGAGGAGGAGGAGGAGGAGAGGAAUAAGGAGGACGAUGCUGAGUGAGGAAGAGGAAGAUGCAGAAGAGAGGAGAAGAUAUCACAUUGAGGAGGAGGAGGAGGAGGAGGAGGAGGAAGAGGAGGAGGAAGAGGAGGAGGAGGAGGAGGAGGAGGAAGAGAAGGAUGUAGAUAUGGAGGAGAUGAAGAAAGAGGACUUAAAGAGGGAAGAAAAGAUGGAGAAGGAAGAGGAGGAAGAGGAAGAAGAUGAAGAACAGGAACAAGAAAAUGAGGAAGAGGAAGAUUCAGAGGAGGAGGAGGAGGAGGAGGAGGAGGAGGAGGAAAGAGGAAGAUUCAGAAAGAGGAAAUUAGGAGGAAUAAGAAAAAAACGACUCACUGAAGAAGAACAAGAAGAAGAAGAACACGAUUUGAAGAAGGAAGAAGAGAAAGAGAAAGAAGAUGAAGAAGAAGAAGAAGGAAACUGGAGAAGAAACGGCGUGGAGAAGAACCAAAAACGAAGAAAAGAAGAAGAAGAAGAAGAAGAAAAGGAAGAAGAGGAAGAAGAAGCAACAGAGAAGAGAGGAAGAUGGACAACAGACAGCGAAAGAGAGAGAGAGGCAAAGGAGAUAACAUACGAAGAAGACUACUUUUACGAAGACGAAGAAGAAGGAGGAAUAGGAGGAGGAGGAGGAGGAGGAGGAGGAGAAUGGGUGAUACAAGAUACAUGGAGGAGGAAGAAGAAGAGGAGGAGGAGGCCGGGGGUGCUGGAGACGGUGAGGAGGAAGCUGGAGGGGUUCAGGGAGAUGAGGGAGGAGAUGGGGGGGAGGGUGGAGAAACUGGUGGGGGGCGUGAGGAGGGGGGUCAAUGUUCUGGGGAGGGUGGUGGGGGAGGUUGCCGGGGCGGGGGUAGCGGCGGCGGGACAAGUUGGGUACGGGAUUGUGGAGGCCGUGCGUCAGCCUCCUCCCUACACGCCGCCGUCCACCCACACGAUCGAGACGGGCCUGCAGCUGACGGUGCCGCACGACGACCACGUGGCCAAACACAGGGUGGGAAUGCGCCUGGCCGUCAUGCCGCGCCCUCCUGGUCGUCUCAUACCGCCCAUGGGUCUGUCUCUUCACGCCCACACCCUCGCUGAGCCGCUCGCCCACCCCGCCCACGCGCCCCCCGCCUUCCUCGGCCCCUUCACCCACACCCACACCCACUAUCACGCCCCCACGCCGCCCACGCCCACGGGAGAGGAGGGUGGGUGGGUAGGGGAUGAGGGGUGGGAGGGAAAGGGAAGGGAAAUAAGAAAAGGGAGGGAGGGAAGGGAAGGAAGGGAGGGAAUGAGAUUAAGGGAAGUAAGAGAGGAAAGAGGAGGAGGAGGAGGAAGAGGAAAAGAGGGAAGGGAAGGGAGAAAGGAGAAAGAAGAAAGAGAGAGAAGAGAGGAAAGACAAGGAAGGGAAGGAAGAAAGAAUGGAAGAGAGGAAAAAGAAGAAAGAAAGGAGAGAGAAGGAAGGGAGGGAAGAGAAGGAAAAAUGGAUGGAAGGGAAGGAAGAAAGGGAGGAAGGGAAAGGGAGGAAAGAGGGAGAAAGACACCCAACCCACCCACCCUCCAACGUACCCACAACCCACAACAACCAACUCAACCCAAAAUCGAGGGGGAUAUGGUAGACGGACUCCCCACCCACCACACCCAGCCACCCCCACACAUCCUCACGCCCCAGCACACCCGCCCACACACCCCAAAACACCCCAGAAAGCUAAGAUAUACCCCAGCAAUGUUCCACAACCCCCCACACAUCCUACACCGACAUCCUGCACCCCAGUUUCAACACCCCGACAACCCAGACCACUUCCCGACACCCCAGUAUGCAUCCCACCGCCCCCCUGUCCCCCAGUUUACCCCAGGGGAGCUCCGGACACGUGUUGACACCCCCAGACAGGAUUCAACACUAGACUACACCGUGAUAGAGGAUUCUGAAGAGGAUUUGAAGCAGGAAGAGAAGGUUUUGGUGUUGAAUGAAGAGGAUUAUGAGGAAGAGUUGAGUGAGUGAGUGAGAGAGAGAGAGAGAGAGAGAGAGAGAGAGAGAGAGAGAGAGAGAGAGAGAGAGAGAGAGAGAGAGAGAGAGAGAGAGAGAGAGAGAGAGAGAGAGAGAGAGAGAGAGAGAGAAAUACAGGAGCAGGUCUCUUGUUUUUUCAUUGUAUUUAUAUGAUGCACGUUUGUACACACACACACACACACACACACACACACACACACACACACACACACACACACAUUGUAUCUUUUGUAAUAGGGUUUUAUUUUUCCUUAAUAAAGCAAAAUAAAUAAAAAAAUAAACAAUAAGUCACCGUACACUAAACUGCCCACCAGUAGCCUAAACACGCCUUGAAAAACGGCUAAAAAAAGACAACUCAGCCAUAUUAUUGUUGUCGAAGACCAAUAAGACGUUUAAAAAAAUCAAACGUCAGUGUUAGCUCAUCCCUAAAUUAUCCAAAUCCCUUAUGCAAGAGUUAACCGGCAUCUUCAUUCUUUCAUCCUUUCAGCUGGUAAACUCUGGGGCAGCCUUCCUUCGUCUGUAUUUCCUCCUGCCUACGACUUGUACUCUUUCAAGGGGAGAAUAUCAGGACAACUCUCCGACCGAAGUUAAUCUCUUAUUUGGCCUCAUUCUUGUUUCUUUUACUGCGGCAGCGUUUAGUAGGCUUUCGGGUUUUUGUUUUGUUUUGUCUGUUAUGUCCUUUAGCUGUUUCCAUUGAUGUAAAAAAUAAUAACUUAGAGAGGGAUGAAGGGGGCGGGGCUU